CACUUGCCAAACAAUGAAUCCUUACCUGAUGAGGUCCCUCCCCUCAGUUUCUGCACCUCAAAACUCAUCAUCAUCCUAUAAGAGUCGCCCUGCGAUUCCUCAAUCCUUACUCCCCUGUCAUUAUGUUUCUGCCACCGGUAUUCUUAACUUCGAAUAUCGUCAAAAACGCAUUCAGAAGAGUCGUGGGGUUGUCUGGAGCCAGAAUAACAGUGAAAGCUGUGGCAGAAACCUCAGUAUUAUUACUGGUGUUCUUGAGAAGCCAAGAGAGAGUCUGGUUGAUGAAGGAAACAGAAAGACGACGUCUUUCAUUAUGCCUUCAGAAAUCAAACCCUUUCAAGGUGGUAUUGGCAUCGUCAACUUUUUUAAAGGCAAGAACUUCCUCAUCACUGGUGCAACAGGGUUCGUGGCCAAAGUUAUUGUGGAGAAGAUCUUAAGGAUGGUUCCAGAAACUGGAAAGAUUUUUGUGUUGAUCAAGGCAAAAGACAAGGAAGAAGCUAUGGAAAGACUCAAAGCUGAAAUCAUAGAAUGUGAAGUUUUCAAGAAAAUCAAAGAGGGUCAUGGAGAAAAUUAUGUGGAGUUCAUGAUGAGGAAGCUGAUCCCAGUGGCUGGGACAGUGUGUGAAGCUGAUUUGGAGAUGGAUGCCAACACUGCAAAUGAUAUUGCAAACCAAGUUCAUGUGGUGGUCAACUCUGCGGCCACCACCUCCUUCGAUGAGAGGUACGAUGUGGCUCUAAACACAAAUACCAGAGGACCUUUUCGUCUCCUAAACUUCGCGAAGAAAUGCAAGAAUCUUUGUCUUUUCUUUCAUAUAUCAACAGCUUAUGUUGGUGAUGGAGAAAGACAAGGGACAAUAAGGGAGAAGCCACUUUACAUCGGACAAAGAAGGGUUAGGGCAAUCACAGAACAGGACAUAGAUUUUGAACUAAAGUUGGCAUCAGAAAUGCUGGAUUCACUCAAACAGGAUCAAGCAACUCAGAAGAUGAAAGACUUGGGUAUUCAGAGGGCAAAUAUGUACGGAUGGCCAAACACGUACUCAUUCACAAAGGCGAUGGGAGAGAUGUUAAUAAGCAGCUUCAGAGAUGGCACACCAAUGGUUAUUCUUCGUCCCACUGUGAUUGAAAGCUCUUACUCUGAGCCUUUCCCUGGUUGGAUUCAAGGAUACAGAGUUCUUGAUCCACUUAUAUUUAAUUAUGGGAAGGGUCAUCUCCCUGGAUUUCUUGGAGACCCUAAUGCGGUUAUAGAUGUGAUUCCAGUAGAUAUGGUUGCGAAUGCCACAAUGGCGGCAAUUGCGAAACAUGGGGCUGCCACAACACCAGAUUUAAGUAUCUACCACAUUGGAUCUUCUGUGGCAAACCCUAUUUCAUUUGGAGCUGUGUUUGAUUAUGCUCGUCGCCAUUUCAAGUCUUUUCCAUUGGCACAGUCCUCAAAUGGGAAUCAAAGUCUCAUUCAGAAGAUGAACUUCUUGAACUCUUUGGAUGACUUCUCUUCUUACAUUUCAAUGGAAAUGGCAAGGCAAACUGGAUUCUUACAAGCAACAAAUCUUGAACCUAAUCUCCAAAAGAAGUCCACAAAGAAAGCACAGCUUUUAAUUCACUUGGCUAAGCUCUAUGAGCCAUACAUGUUUUAUAAGGCAUGGUUUGACUGUGGAAAUACCCAGAGGCUAUAUGGAGAAAUGUCAGCUGAAGAGAUGAAGGACUUUGGAUUUGAUGUGAAAAGCAUAGAUUGGGAGCAAUACAUAUCCAAAAUUCAUAUCCCAGGUUAUCAAAGGCGCAUUCAGAUUGAAAGGUUGAAGAAGAGUUGUGGUGUUGUUUGUAGCCAGAACAUCAGCGAAAGCUAUGGCGGAAACCUCAGUACUGCUGCUCCUCAGAACCCAAGAGCAAGUCUUGAAGGGUUUGUGGCCAAAGUUUUUGUGGAGAAGAUAUUGAGGAUGGUUCCAGAAACUGGAAAGGUUUUUGUGUUGAUCAAGGCAAAAGACAAGGAAGCAGCUAUGGAAAAACUCAAAGCUGAAAUCAUAGAAUGUGAGGUGUUCAAGAAAAUCAAAGAAGGUCAUGGAAAAAGUUACGUGGAAUUCAUGAUGAGGAAGCUCAUCCCAGUGGUGGGGACAGUGUGA